AUGCGACAGCUGAAGACGGAGGACGGCUAUGCGAGGAGAAGGGAUCUCGUAUCGUUCGACGAGAUGGACAAUGGACGGGUGGACGACAAAGCCUACGCCGCCGACAUUUCCAAUUACUAUAAUUUUUUUGCACAUUACAUGAUGCUGUCUGUGAAAGCGGAUUACUGUUGGAAUCCUUCCAAUUUUGUUGCGUCCAUUCCAGGCAAUUCAACCUCUGUGGAUUCAAUUACAAGUCUUUUGAAAGAAUACCUUGAAAACUUCCCAGUGAUAUCAGUUUUUUUUGAAAACAUUGAUGGACCAUUUAGAGAAAUACCAUUGUCCAUUAUUGAGAAGCAAAGAGUGGAGCAUUCGUGGGUGCGUCGUUCCCAUGGUCGACUGCCACGGAGAAUUUCCAUUCGUCGAGACCGCAGAAAAGAUAUUGUUUCAGCAGAGUUGAGUGGAUCCAGUCAUGACGACGGCACAUUUCGACCAGAGAAUUCUAUUUAUGGUGUUUCGAUCAUUCCUCACCAAGAUGAUUGGCUUGACAUUCCUGGUGACAGAAAUAUUAUUAGCGUUUCUGAAGAAAGAGACAUAGAAAAAAUGUAUUCGAAGAUGUUUAACUAUCAUUCUGGGCGAAUCAGUUUAAUAGAAAAUUUUGUCAACGCGUUGGCCGGUUUUACACGUUUCGUGGUGUAUGGCAAUUCAUUACAUGGGGCGAUGUUUAUUUGUGGUCUUCUAUACAAAGCUAUGGAUGAGCUUUAUUAUGCGUGUGGUGGUGGUUCAGCUGUAAUUCAAUGUAUUAAUUGGCAGACAAUUAUGAUCCAGAGUUUCGUCGCUGCAACACAAAUGUUCGAAGGGCUACAAUGUUGCGAUGACGUAGCGUUUAUUGAUAAGUGUAUUCGAUCAGCUUGUACGGCAAUAUUAAGUGUUACUGAAGAUGUUCUCAAAGUCUUCGAGGUGUACCGUUGCUUGGAUGUGCUUUCUCAUUUGGGAGAGUUGAUUGUGUUGUGGAGCCAAGAUAGCUCAUUUCCAAUAGUAUUCCCUGAGUUGAUGAAGAUGAUAGAAACCAGAGUUUUUCAAUCGAGCAUCACUAACAGCAGAGUUUUAAGAUUCGCUUUUGAACUUUUCGCGUCGCUUAUGAGCACUACCUGCGCGAUCACUUACUUAAUGGACUGGAGCCUGAGUUGGCCUUGCGGCUUUGGUGGUACAGUGACUGCAUUUGAGCUGAUUGAAGCGUUAACAACUCACAUCGCCUCACGCAACUGGCAAUGUAUUUCGGUUCUGGAAAGACAUCUACCUUUCAUGGAUUGGGUGAAGGACCGUAGUGCUAACGAAACUGAUCCAAACAUUGUCAUCACUGAAUUGGUAGUCGCAAUUCGCAGUGCCAAAUCUGUUGAUUAUCUAGUGCAUGUGUCUGCGUGCGUACUAAAUAGUAAUCCGUUAGUUGAAGAUGUCCAUCAUAUAAUUUUGGAGUUAGUCAUACCAGAAAUAAUAACCCUAUCAGAGAAUCUUCGUGCGGCGGAACGUAUUGGUAACAUCAAUAACACUUGGUAUAGAUCUUUUGGAAGUUUUCGGUCUUUGUUGAAUUUAUUAGAAUUCGUUCUUCCAGCGAUUGAUAGCUAUACUGCAGAAGCCAUGAUAAGAGCAGUAAUAUCUCCAUAUCGUCACGUGUAUAUGAAGAACAGAGAUCUAGAAGAUAGUUUUAUAAUGUUGACAUCGAAGUGUAUUUCUUUAAGGCACGUUGUUGCUAAGGAAAGCGGUUUAUCCGACUGGUUGUUAACAUGUGUUCAGACAUGCUAUAAACGAGCAUCUCAAGACAUUUGGAGAUUCAUGAAAGACAGUGCUGUGAAAUGUAAUCGUACCCUAUUUUGUGCGCUCUUCAUCAUUCAUAAUGCGCUGGAACACGAUUUGUGUGCUUUUGAUGGAUUCGAACGCAGAAUAAAAAAGCAGUCAUGGAAGAUAAUCGAACUUGUACGUACAUCUUUGCACUUGAGCUCGGACGAUCUCAAAGUAGACGGAAGAAUUUCUGAACUCGUAGCAAUCUCCAUUUCACUGGUACUACGCAUAGAUCGUAACGCGAGGUCUCAACUAAACAAGUUCUCAAACGCGUUCAUUAGGUGUCUUGAAAAGUGCCUACAAUCACCUGUUAUUUGUCGCAUUAUCAUUUCUGUGCUUAUCAAGAUUCUUCAGUUCUCACCAGAGAAGGUGAAAGACAUAUGGUUUGUCAUAAACCAUGAUGGAAUUGCGUGUAUUCUUGAAAUUGUUUAUGCCCUGCUUCGGCAGAGUUGUAGCUUGAAUACUGAGCAUUCCUUCAUGGUCAGAAAGCUGUGCAAACUUCUGGGUACCGUGCCGACAACGCAAUAUAGUGACCAAUGGUUGCCCUUACUUUUCAACGUGUGCGAAAUCCUUAUAAAGAAGAACGUUGAACUUGAAACGAUAGACGCAGUGCUCCGAUUACUUGUUCACAAUAUAAAACAUCGUCCAUGUCCCUCAUACGUGUCUGCGAUCAUAGGUUUUUUGUGCAUGGAUAGCGUAUAUGAGGUGCGUCAUUGUAUUUUCCGAUGGUUCACUGAGAUGCUCAACGACGAACUACGUGUCCCCGUUAGUGUGGUUAUGCCGCAACGGCUGGCAGAGUCUCCGACUGCUAAUGGUCAAACGAUCUUCGUGCAAGAUUCUUUUGCGCAAACUGAUGGUAGAAAAGCGGUUGAAGAAACCCUUUGUUGGAUCAGUAUGGUCACAUUUAGAUUUGUAACUUUGUUGAAUUUUCUACAAUGUUCCCGUUCAGAAGACCCACCAGUGCUGUUUUACUGCCAAAGACUGAAUCAAGUUCUCCGUAUUGUAGCUCUUCUUCAGUUGUUGGAGAAACUUCUUCUGAGCAGUACUUCUCAAGGCGUCAAAGUUGGCUGGCGUUCGUUCUGCUUGCUUAUGCUGUUCCGUCUAGCUAAUUCUCGAUGUUAUGAAAACGAUAUCAUCGGAAAGGGAAUGUGGUUGAAUUGUCGACCAUCGAUCUUCACUCCCAUGUUGUCCCAUUCGUGUUCGUACGACAUUCUCGAGGGUGGCAGUAAUUAA